AUGCUCUGCUCGUCGGCAAUCUUCCUCGCGCCCUCGUUGGCUUCCCAGUUGGGCCCGUACAGGUCGGAGCAGUGGACGCCGCCGGGCAGCACGCGCACCUGCGUGCCGUUGUUGGCGUCGGCGCUGCUCUGCAUGGGGCCGCCGGGACGCACCGACGAGCUGACCGUGACCUCGCGCCACGUGUCGAACUGCCCGUUGGCGUACAUGAGGCGCGGGAUGUUGAGGUCGGACCACCCGCCGGUCCACGCGUUCAGGUCCGCCUCGGUCUUGCCCUGCGCGAAGCCGUACGCGCCGCCGGGGAACCACAGCUCGCACUGGUCCGUCCAGUACUUGUUGUUGACGAGCCGGGAGACGAUCGAGGGGCGGCCUUCGGGGGCGCCGUUUUGCCACCAGCCGAAACUGUUUUGGUUGGAAAAUUGA